GGCAUAAACGGACUUAAAAUCCCUACAAUACACAGAGGAUCGAAGAGAAGGCAAUUCUAAUAGAUAGAAAGACCUGCUGUCUGCGCAGAGUAUAAAUAGCUGGCAUUGGCAGGUCAAAUAAAAGGACUAUCAGUUCCUUUCCUUCCAGACAGACUUCGCUUCCAACCUUGCAAAUCAUAUCGACGUCGUUGUUCAUAAUCCUUUCACCAUGCAACAUCUCGCAGGAACAAUAAUCUCUCAGAAUGGACUGGGUCUUGCGGGAUUCACCAACCCCGGCCUUCAGCUCCCUGAUGAGGAAAUCUUCAAAGUCCUCAAAUCUGCCCUUGCCGCUGGAGUCACUCUUUGGAAUGGAGCCGACUUUUAUGGAACUCCAGAUAACAACUCUCUCCAUCUGAUGAAUCGCUACUUUGCUGCGUACCCAGAAGACGCAGACAAGGUUGUGCUGUGUAUCAAGAGCGGGUUAAAGAGUUUGGGAACAUUUUCAAUGGACUGUUCACCAGCUGGCCUCCGGGGAUUCGUUGACAACGCCCUGAAAAUCCUCGGUGGAAAGAAGAAGCUAGAUAUCUUUGGAUGCGCCAGAGUCGAUCCCGCGGUCCCCGUGGAAGAGAGCAUCCGAGCACUGGCCGAAUUCAAGAAAGAGGGCAAAAUAGGAGGAAUCCAACUGAGUGAGGUGAGAGCCGAGACAAUUCGGAGGGCCGCAGCCGUAGAAAAGAUCGAUAUGGUCGAAGCGGAAAUCAGCCUGUGGGCAACGGAUGUCUUUGAAAACGGUGUCGCCGAGGUUUGCGGAGAGCUGGGAAUUGUUCUUGUUGCACAUACGCCCCUGGGAGGAGGCAUGUUGACUGGGCAGAUCAAGAGUUUGGAUGACAUGCCAGCACAUGACUACCAUCGUCAUUUUCCACGGUGGCAGCCUGAAAAUUUCGCGAAGAACAGGCUGCUUGUGGAAGAGUUGGAAAAUUUUGCGAAAAGAAAGGGAUGCACUACCUCUCAGCUGGCUUUGUCGUGGAUCAAAAGUCAAAAUCAGAAACAGGGAAUGCCGUAUCUCGUUCCUAUUGCGGGUACAAAGUCGGAAGCAAGGCUCUUGGAGAACAUACGGGAUCUACACCUGACUGACGAGGACCAAAAGGAGUUAAACACCGUUUUGGAAAAGUACCCGGUCGCAGGCGCUAGAUAUCCUCCGGCUGGAGCAAAAUUAGCUGAAUACUAGCACUGACAAAUAUGCCGAA